AUGUUCUCCGCUGGACGUCGAAGAAUCCUGGAUGGACUUAAUCGGAGGUACAUAUACGGCCGUCUGCCAUUGCUUCACGCCAUAAUCUUCCUCAUCGAAAUGGCGGCGACAAUGCGCCUCGCGGCCAAGUUCAACUCCUACUAUGCGGAGAAGCCUGUCCUGACUACUAUGGUGACCAAUGCGAUUCUUGGUGGAGUUGCAGAUACGGUUGCACAGUUGAUCACGGCUUUCAAGGCUCGUGCAGGACACAGGCCCUCUGACAGCGAUCUCAUCUCGAUUGAGAUCCAUGAGCUUGACAAAGAGAAGCCACCGGCUCUUGGGGAGUUGGGUCAUGCGAGACAUUCGCCGCCGCCCUUUGACUUUGAGCGCCUGACUCGCUUCAUGUCGUAUGGUUUCUUUAUGGCCCCCAUUCAAUUCCACUGGUUCGGUUUCUUGUCCAGGGCAUUCCCUCUCACUAAGAGAAACCCCUCCAUUCCGGCGCUGAAGAGAGUUGUCGUGGAUCAGCUCAUGUUCGCUCCUUUUGGAUUGGCGUGUUUCUUUUCGUUCAUGACCGUUGCCGAGGGAGGGGGAAGGAGAGCAUUGACGCGCAAGUUCCAAGACGUUUAUCUUCCGACUCUUAAGGCCAAUUUCGUUCUUUGGCCGGCCGUUCAAAUUCUGAACUUCCGGGUUGUUCCUAUUCAGUUCCAGAUUCCCUUCGUUUCUUCCGUCGGUAUUGCCUGGACUGCGUAUCUGUCGUUGACCAACUCCUCGGAGGACGAGUAA